GUCAUUGCUAGCUGGAGCUUACUGAAUAAGGAAAAGGGAGAGUGUCGAGGAGUGGAGGAGCCUUGCAGCAAACCAGUUCACUGUGAGCAGAGCAAUAUUCAGGAGAAGGUCCUAAUGACUGAACAGCAGCAAAGUCAGAGCUGUGUUUCUGGGGAGGACAUUAAGCCUGUGAGACUUCCCAGUAAGAAAGACUCCAAAUAUGUUUCAUUUAAUUCAGAGCCUGAGACUGCAAUCGUGGAAGAGAAACCGAAGAAGACUGGGAAACAGCUCAACCAACAGUUGCAAUCUCUCAAUCUGGAUGCAGAAAUCUUCGAAACCAAAAAGAAAACUACCUUAACCAGAUCCAAGACUUAUGAUGCUGUGUACCCAACAAGUUCUACAGUGUACGAGCCAAAACUUGAACGCAAAAAGUCAUUAUCUAAUCUAUCAAAGACAAAUGCAACGUAUCACAAACUUUUUAAGAAUGUUCCAAAGGAGGAAGUACUAAAACAAAGUUUCACUUGUGCCUUGCAUAAAGACAUCCUGUACCAAGGGAAACUUUUUGUGUCUCAGAACUGGAUCUGCUUUCAUUCAAAGGUCUUUGGCAGAGAUAUUAAGAUUACAAUACCCGUCUCCACUGUGAUUCAAGUUAAGAAACAGAAAACUGCCUUGCUGGUGCCAAAUGCUCUCUGCAUAUCAACAGAACUUGAGAAACACUUUUUUGUGUCGUUCCUGUCCAGAGAUGCAACCUAUAAACUGCUGAAAUCUGUAUGUGUGCAUCUAGAGGGGAAAUAUGACGAUAGCAGUACAAUAACCUCUUCUGUUGUGAGCAGCUUCCGAACAGAACGACCAACAUCAUUACCUCUGGAUUUUAAUAUUGAAGAUCUGUCUGAUCUGGACGUGCGCAGAAGACGAGGGUUGGAGCAGUCCAGUUGCUCUGGGUCUCAAACCCCAGAGUCUGAAAAUUCUCAAGAGUCUAUUGCCGAGACCCAAACCCUGCUGAAAAUCGCAAAGAAUGUUGACAUUCCUGUGUCAGCUGAUGUCCAAGUAAAAGACACAACCGAAACAAAGAGAAACAUUCGCCACGAGAAUAAACAUUCAGUGGUGUGGGAUGUUUCAGACAAAGCCAAGCCCAACGAUGUAUUGCAAUACAUCUCUGUGAAUAGCUUGUUGGGGCUCUACCUGAUCGUGGUUGUUAUAUUGGUUAUCUCCUCUUGCUACAUGGGCUUAAAGAUAAUUGCUUUGGAGCAGCGCCUGGCCUCAAUGGGAACGUUACCAGAGUACCAGGACCAUCACAAAGACUUGUUCUCUCGGCGUGACAUGGGACUGCAGCUCCAAGUUAAUACUGACAUGAUCUACGACGAAUUAACGGAAAAUCUCGCAAAAUUGGAAAAAAUACAAAAAAAUCUACAAAGACUGCUGGAAGAGACUGAGUGAAGUGCUCAGAUCUACUGUUGAAAGAACAAUGCAUUGUGCCUGCCAGGUUUCGACUCUGAAACACCAUACAGUCUAAUCUCUGGAAUACUGUACACUCUGAAUUAACUCUCUGCUGGUCAGAGUCUGGGAUUAUGAAAUCUUGAAUCCUUUGCUUAGUUGACAGACCUUCUUUCUCAACAAUCUGCAGUUUUCCAUCAUAUGUGCAAUGAAGCAUUCUAUGUCAGCCUGUCCUUUACCUAUAGGUGAUCUGCAACAUUCCUAUUGUCUCUGGGAGGGAGUGUUACACAGGGAGAGAGGUGUUCAUGUUACCCUACCUAUUUUUUUAAUAAAAACUUGCUUUUCUAGAUGGGGUAUAGUCACUGGGAGUAAAAAUACUCCGUAAUCCAAAUGCUGUUAGACUAUUGUGCAAUGCAUGUGUUGGACACAUGCGUUGUACCUUCUUCCACACGCAUUAUCUUGCAACCAAUUGGUUCAGAGCAGCACAAUGUUCUUAGCCCAAGUCUGAGCACAAAGGGAUUGUGGUUGGAUAAAACUUUAGAAGCACCUUGAAUAUUUUCUCGUUUGAGCGCGUUUAGCAUUGUUUAUAAUUAAAUACUAUUUAUGUAAAAUGUAAUAGAAGUGUUUUAAAACCAUUUCUAUGAAAUGAUUUCCCACUUAAAUAUGUAAAUAAAGUUACUGCACAUUAA